GAUUAGAGUAUAUUCACACAAAAGGAAUCAUUCAUGCAGAUAUAAAACCUGAAAAUGUAUUAAUUGACUCAAAUGGACAUUUAAAAUUGAUCAAUUUUGGAUUAGCCAAGUAUGUUGUUUUAGAUGAGAAUGAAGAAAGAUAUAGGUCAGGAACAAGUCUAUAUAUGUCUCCUGAGGUUAUCUUAUUCAAAAAUUGGACUACAAAAAUAGAUAUUUUGGUUCUUAGGAUCUGUAUCUUUGAAUUCUUACUUGGAUACAUCCCAUUUAUUUAUGGUAGUAAAAUUAAGGUGUUUCAAAGAAUUUUAGAUCUUAAAAUUCGAUGGCCACCUGUUGAUUGCAUCCAAAUGAUACCUGAUGCUGAAUAUUUGGUUCAAAAUUUAUUAAAUCUUGAUCCCAAUAGACAAAUAUGGAAACAACAAACCCAUCUUAAAAAAUUGAAAACAUUGAAGCAACUUAUUAAUCUUAUUAAGCAAUAUGCUUAUAUUUCUAAUGUUGAUACUACAAAUGAAAAAUUGUCAAAACUCAUUAAAGGCGGUCUUUCAAAUUUUGAUUGCACAAUGACAAAAUAUAUCACCUCAAAGGGCAAACGCAAUCUUGGUUCACACCAUAUUCUAUCAGCAAGUUCAUGUUUAACACAGGAAUAUAAAGCAGAGGUCAAAAGACUAAACGAUUAUUAUUCUCCAUUCGAAACGAAUAUGGAAAUGACUAGUGCAGAAAAAACACCAUAUAUGGUUGAAUGGUUGAUGAAAAUUCACAAACUUAUAAUAGAACAAAAUAUUCAUAAGGAUAAGAUAAACGAAAUGGUGGCGGAAAAUGAUGUAGAAAUGAGAGAUGGAUUGGAUUUAUUGGCUGAAAAAUGCAAAGUUGGAAACGUACCAUUCUUAAUAUUUUCAGCCGGGCUUGGCAAUAUAAUCGAGCAAGUCCUCAUUUCAAAGAAUCUUUUCCAUCCCGACAACAUGUACAUCAUCUCCAACAAAAUGGGAUUUAACAAAGAAACUGGAAUAUUCGAUCACUUCAAAGAACCAUUAAUUCAUACAUUUAAUAAAAGUGAAGUUAUGAUCAAAGAUAGCCUCUAUUAUAAUACAGUUAAGAAUCGAGGUAACAUCAUUUUAAUAGGUGAUUCUAUUGGCGACUUACAAAUGGCUAGUGGAAUCUCACAUGAUAUUUGUCUAUCAAUUGGUUUUUAUAACAAAAAUGACAACUUUUUUGAUAAAUAUCAAGAAAUGUUUGAUAUUGUAGUGACUGAUGAUGGACCAAUGAAUGUCAUAAAUUAUAUUAUGGACGCUAUUAUUAAAACAUAA